AUGGAGAAAUUAUUCUUUAUAUUUAAGACAUUCUCUUAUUUUGAUAAUAAACAAACACCUUGCAUUUCAGAGGAGAAGAAAAAGAGAGUUUCAGAAAUUGCAGGAGAAAUGAAAGAGGUCGAGGCUCUGAUGCAUAAAAUGGAUCUUGAGACUAGGAGUGUGCAACCCUCUAUGAAAGCUACACUGCGUGAAAAGAUAUGCAAGCAUGGAAAUGACCUUAGCAAUCUGAAAACUGAAUUGAAAAGACUUGGUUCAAGUAAUACUAAUCAGGCUCGGGCUGAAUUGUUGGGAUCGGGAGGCUCCAACACAAUACAGGGGUCUGCUGCUCUAGGAGGAAGACUCGCAACUUCAACUAAGAACUUAAAAAGGUCCAUUCAGAGAAUCAAAGUUAGCACUAGAAAUUUGCUAGAAACAGGACAUAAGCCUCUGCAGCUUGCAAAUACCACUCUCCAUGGAGUGAAAGAUAAUGCUGAAGGAGCAACAAAAAUUUGA